GUUGGAAGCCGCAGACGUUCGUUCGUCAGAGCUGGUGUAAACGCAGAUAAUUCAACGAAUCUUCCUGCUUUUGUUGAAGCGAAUCACGAACAGCACUUUCGAAGAGAGCAAAGCAGCAAUGUUGGAGGACCAAGUAGGCGGCCUUCCUCAAAUACUAUUAAUAUUUUCGCUCC